CUUUCACAAUGAUAAUAUUCACUAAGUCUCAACACCCCCACCCUUAUUCAACCCUGCAAACACUCAUGGAACCCUUAUCCCCUCCUAGUGAGAAGAGAAUCACUAUUGAUCACUCCAGCACCGUCGACACUUCUCGCCCUUUCCGGUCCGUCAAAGAGGCAGUCGUACUAUUCAGUGAGAGGUUUCUAGCCGGUGACAUCUACACUAACAAGGCUUACACCAGUUCUAGAGAUGAUGAACAUGCACUAGGGAAUACCUUGAAGAAGAUAGAAGCUGAAUUGGAGGAGACUAAGAGAGAAUUGAAGUUAUUAAAGGAGAAGGAAUCAGAGACAGAGAUAGCAUUGGCUUCACUAAAUGCUGAGCUUCACAAGAACAUGUCUAAGAUGGCCCAAGCAGAAGCAACCGCAGCGGCGGCCAUGGCGAAGGCAGUUACAACAAGAACUCUAGUUGUUGGGGAGAAUAGGGAAGAUGACAUCAUUGAGGAGGAAGAGGAGAGGGAAAAGGACCCAAUAGUGAGGACACAGAGCUCUGUAACAAUAGCUCAACUACUGAGCCAUGGGGAGCAAGAAAGUUAUUACCAUGGAAUCACAAAGAAGCAAAAGAAGAUGAUGAAGAAGAAGCCUAUAAUUCCUCUUGUGGGAGAUUUACUGUUCUCAAGGAAGAAAGGUUCCUCCACCACCCUCCACAAUCCUCUCUAUUCCUCCUCCAUAGUAUAGUUGAGUUUGUGUUCAAUUUGUACCCAUUUUUAUCA